AUGUUUGGUAAAAUUUCUCCCUCAAUCUCUCCCAGAGAUAGGCCUGUGCAAUACUUUUCUCAAAGACAAAGCCCUCUUCCAAUGAAUCCAGCUCCUUUAAUCUAAAAUAGAAAGCAUAAAUUCGAGUAAAUCGCACCAUAAAAUAUGAAAAAUUAGCAAAGACACUUGUAUUUCCAAGGAAUUUCACCUAAUAUUCCAAGAAAUGAUUCUUCUUCAACAAAAAUAACUGAGAAUAGCAAUUCAAGAUUAAUAGAUCAAAAGAGAAGAUAAGCUGAAGUAGGGAAAUUAAAACCAGAUAUUAAGGCUUUCAAAGAUAAGCUUGAUGAUGAUUUAUAAAAGCUAUAGUAAUUUAUAGACUAGGCAGAAGAAGCACAAAAUCUUAGAAGAAUGAGCAACAGUAUUGGGAGAAGAAAGAGUACAUUGAGUCCACACUCAUUCUAAUAGCAAUAACACUUCUUCACCUAAACCUCUUAAGCGGAGCUAAUUAAUAAGAAUAAAAGCAAUCAAAAGAUCAAUGAGGAUAGAGUAAUGUAACUGGGAGCAAGAUAGAACAUGAUAGAAAAAAUUCAGCAUGAAGAUUAAUCCCUCAAAUCUCAGUAGUCAUCUUAUCAAAGUGUAAACUUCACAAACAACAAGAAUUUAAAUGAAUUAAAGUCUAUACAAUUGAGCCCCAACAAUCAACAGUCCUAAAAUAUCUAAACUUUGAUAAGCAGUGAUAAUGAUCCACUCAGAAUUUAAAUGGAGAAUAUACAAAGACUAAGCCUGGGGGGUAUUUCAGAUAAGGAAGAAGAGAAAAGAAUAUUGUAAAUGUUGACUCUCCAUAAUUGCAAGAUUAAUGAGAGAUACUAGAAUAACGAUAAGCCACCUUCUGUUAUUUCUUAAGAUAUAUUCCUAAGUCCCUCAAGUACUAACUAGGUUUCAGUUAAAAGAUUAUCAAACAAUCAAAACUAGUUGAAGUCUAAUAACUAGCAGAAAUAUAUCAUCAUGAAUCCAGAGGAAAGUAGUUAUGCAAAUAAUUAAAUUCCCUUCCUCCAAAACAUUUCAAGAGAAAACAAUAGACCGAGUCUUGAUCAUAAGUACAAUACUAUUGGAGGAAAAACAGAUAGUAGGUACCAAAAUAAUCCUUAAGCAUAGUACUGGCUAGACAAUUUAUCGCCUUAAAAAGAUGAUAAUGACGAAUAUUUUAAGCAACUUAGAGACUUAGAACUUUAACUGGAGGACAUUAAUACCAUUAAUUAGAAAAUCAUCCAAGAGAAUAAAAAGCUUCAAUCAAAGAAUAAACACAUAUCAAAGAAAUUAGUUGAUGUGAAAUGUAGAUUAAAGCAAAGUGAAAACACGCAGAAAUCUUAGGAUCAAUAUAUUGCAUCAUAAGCUUAAAAAAUUCAAUAUCUUGAAGAUGAUAGAUAACGAAUCUAUAGCAACAUUUAGGUUUAAGAAGAACAAAUAAAGAAUCUUAAAGGCUUACUGAGCACUAGUCAGUAAUAAAAGUUUAAAUAUGAAAAUAUAUUCAAAAAAUUGAUAGAUAAUGACCAAUGCAGAGAAAUCGUGCUUAGCAUGCUCAAGAUUUGA